AUGACACUCACGCUCAAGAAUACACUCAAGGCAGCCUCAAAGCCAGUCAUAUGCAUCGCUGUAGAUGCAACUGGGCAGCAGCUUGCCUCCUCUGCUGAAGACGGCUGUGUCCGUGUAUGGGACUUGGCUACUUUCAAAGUCAAACAUGCUUUCCUCCCAAGCUGCUUCCAUGGAGAGGCUGUCACUUGCAUUGCGUGGCAGGGUGAGACUCUGCUAGUAUCUGCAGGCACGUCGCUCUUUCAGCUAGACAAGCCGAGUGGCGCGUCGCUGUUUGUCAAGGAAUCAACAUCCUCAUGGCCAAAUGUUGCCAGUGAAGAAAUCAACAGCUUCAUCCAUCUGUCAGAGUCAGGAGUGGCCAUCUUGGGAGACGACUCGGGGGACGUCUCUCUCUUACACUUGAAGACUGGACAGUGCGAAACUGUUGGACAAGGCCUAGGUCACGCCCACAUUUGUACCAGUCUUGCACCACUUGCCUUGAUGAGCGAACAAGGGACAACCUUACACAUCCUAACUGGUGGCAUGGACAGUCUCAUCAAGCAAUGGGAACUGACUAUGCCCUUAGAAACAGACGACACGGACGCAGAUCUGCCACCAUUGCAGCUCGUCUCUAGUCUGAAUGCAGCUGAACAUCAAGACCCCAAUGCACCGCAGCUCUUCAAUCCUCCCUUCGUACAAGCGCUUGCAAGCCACAGCCGUCUCCCAAUCUACGCUGCAGGUCUAGGAGAUGGUUCUCUGCUUGUAGCUCGACAUGCACUUGUCCGAUCCAAGCACAAGAACAAACGACUCAACAAACGCGUCAUGCGGCAUACAUGGACGACAUUACGACUCACAGACCAUACAUUACCCAUUGGUGCCGUCUGCAUCAUUGAAGAUACGGAUCCAGAAAGCACAGAAUUCAGCAUCGUAUCAGGCUCUAGCGAUUGUACCGUCAAGCUCUGGCGUGUCCGCCAAGAUGAGCAAGGCCAGCUGAGUGGCCAUCAGAUUGCAACCUUCACGCUGCCGGGUGCUGCUGCAACACAGCCACCCAAAAUCAAUUGCAUCACAAGCAUCGAGCAACAAGGCAUCACCAAGCUGCUCGUCGGCGAUGUUCUUGGUCAAAUCAGCAUCUUACACAUCACAGCAUAG